UUGCUCAUAUCGCUCGGUACUGAGUAUACUGAUCAUACCAAGUAUACUGCUUGUACUGAGUGUACUGACCGUGCCGAGUAUACUGCUCAUACUGAGUAUACUGACCGUGCUGAGUAUGCUGCUCGUGCUGAGUAUACUGCUCGUGCCAAAUAUAGUGCUUGUGCCGAGUAUUGCCAACACGGCCUCACUGCUUGGGUUGAUUGAGUCGCUUGAGUUGCUCAACUGAAAGUGAUGAUCAUACUGAGUAUUGCCAACACGGCCCCACUGCUUGGGUCGAUCGAUACUACAGUUCCUCAGCUCCUCUCAUAUCGUUGCGUAGUCCUGUUUGUUCAGUGUUGUUGCGGGUUGCCCUUUGAUUGUAACA